AGCUCAUCUAAAACUUACGCGUUGGGAUUCGUGUUAGAAACCCCGCCAAAAAACGGUCUUCUAUUCUAAACCGCGUUGUUGCUCUUGUUUUGGGUGCUCCCUGCAACGGUUGUUCUUCAGCGUGUCUUUUCUCGUUACUUCUACUGUAGUUAGUGGGUGCAUAUAUAUAUGAGAAAUGCUUCAGCGCACGUACGGUCGUUUCUUCAUCACGAAGAUCUUCAAAGUCAGUAAGCCGCCCGCUGCCGGCUACGAAAUUGCGGAGCUGCCCAACGAAAAGGUGCUGCAGGACUACCUGCAGUUCCACCGCGCCAAGGGUGUGGUCGUGAUUCUGCACAGCGGUCCUCCUUACGCCGCCGCGGCCGUCGCUUCUGCUGGGGGCUCGCCUUCUCCGCUGACCAGCGCACACACACACACCUCCACGACAGCAGCUGCAUCUCGCGGCAAGUCUGGCGGUAAUGCGGCCGCAGCGAAGUCGUCGAAGGAUGGAUCCUAUCUGAUGAAGGACGCGCUUACGCGUUCUUUUAUUUCCUCCAUCAAUGCGUUGAACCUCGGCAACCCGUCCGAGGUAAAGCUGGCGCUUGUCCCUGGCCCACAGGCCCCUCGCUUAGUGGAGGAGUACAACGUCAUCACGUACCCCACCACCCUGUUGUUCUUGGACGGACAGUGCGUCUACCGCGUCGUCGGCGCUCGCACGCGUGAGUUGUCCAUCAAGUCGCUGUUCAUGCUGCGCAACGGCGGACGAAACAUCUUCUCGCGGGAGUGA